AUGCCUAUAUCAUUCCCAUCUAAUCUAUCUACACGGCAGAGUUUGCUGCUCACGGCAUUUGCUUCGGUCUUGGCGACGAGCACCGUUAUACUCUCAUUUCAGACCUUGAGACGGGAGCACCGGACCGAAAAGCUCAAGAGACAAGUCGGGGAAGACGUCGAAGAAUGGGAGAGGAGCAGGGAGGGAAGUGGGUUCGUCAGCCCAGAAGAGAGAGCGGAAUGGCACGCGAACGGUGAAGUGACGCCAGGAGGUGGAAGACGGGUCAGACAGUGGGCAAAAGGCGAAUUUGACGAAGGCCUCAUUCGAGAGCAGCUCACUCGUAAUUAUAAUUUCUUGGGUGAAGAGUCCAUGGAGAAGGUCCGGAAUUCGUAUGUGGUGGUUGUGGGAUGCGGCGGAGUGGGAAGUUGGGCUGCUUUGAUGUUAUUGCGGAGCGGUGUCGGCAAGCUCUUACUGAUAGACUUCGACCUCACUACUCUGUCGUCCCUUAAUCGUCAUGCUUGCGCGACUCUCGAAGACGUUGGCUCACCAAAGGUGAUUGCCACACAGACAUACCUGAGAAAAGUUGCACCUUGGGCGGAGAUCGACACUCACGUCGGACUCUGGCGCAAAGGUGAUUCUGAGCACUUGUUAGAAGGUGCGGACUGGGUCGUGGAUGCGAUCGACAACAUCGAUACAAAAGUCGAUCUUUUGACUCAUUGUCAUAAGAAUGGAAUCAAAGUCUUCUCUAGCAUGGGUUCUGGGGCGAAGAGGGAUCCCACAAGAAUACAAAUCGCCGAUAUCUCUUCCACAUAUGAAGAUCCCCUUGCGAGAUCUGUCCGUACACGACUGAGGAAGAACGGGAUAUCAAAUGGCAUACCCGUGGUGUACUCCACCGAAGUUCCCGGCGACGUCAAGCUGCUGCCCUUGCCUGAGGAAGAAUUCAAGAAGGGCGCAGUGAAGGAGUUGCAGGCAUUUGACGAUUUCCGCGUCCGUAUCAUGCCUGUGCUUGGACCGCUGCCCGCUAUCUUUGGUCUCAACAUUGCCACCUUUGUCCUUCUUUCCCUCGCUGACAAACCUCUGACGGAUUAUCUUGAAAUCAAGAAUCGUCGACGUCUAUACGCUUCUAUCGAGCGCAAUCUCUCAGAACGCGAAACGAGAUUACGGGGCGAGGCAUUACAGACGAAGCUGCCAGUCACCCAGGAUGACAUUGGUUUUGUCUUUGACGACAUAUAUCACGGGCGAUCAUCUAUUCCACCGAAUGUCGUCCUGCCGAAACCGCAAGCAGUCAGGUGGAACAAGGACAGAGAGCUUACAGAGGAUAACCUCGUCAUGCUGAGUAUGAAGGAUGCGGAGAGGCACGAGACGGAGCAUUUGAAGGGCGGAAAGACUCUGGAUGAAGUUUGGGGAGACGAGGUGGUGCAGUUCGUGCAGAGGAAGAGCGCGGAAGUCAGAAGAAUAUUAGCUUAUCAGCGGCCAUAA